GUUGUUCGUGGUCCCUCUGCUCCUCUGUCUGCUCCUCUGGGAUCUUCAGUGGUUUUGCCCUGUUUUGUUGAUGAAGCUUUACCAGUGGAGGAUCUGGAGGUGGAAUGGAGAAGAGCAGACUCAGAGACUCUGAUUCAUCUGUAUCAAGAUGGUGAGAGUCGAGCAGAGGUCUAGCAGCAGGAUUAUCAUGAUAGAGCUCAUUUCUUUACUGAGGAGAUUCAACAUGGAAACUUCUCCCUCCGUCUGGACAAUCUGACAGCUCAAGAUGAAGGAGAAUACAGGUGUAGAGUUCACAGUCAGCAGAAUUUUGGAGAAGCUGUGAUCAAGAUAAAAGAUGUUGAGCAUUUGCUGGUAUCAGGAACAAAUCGAUCUGUUUCUAUACAUGUUGGUGAGGACGUGACUCUGAACUGCUCUGUAGACUCUCACAUCACACCUGAACACAUUGAAGAGGUAUCAUGGAAGAAAACAGAUAAAGAUGGAGAUAUUCUGAUCCUGCUUUACCAAAACAAUAAGGCUGUGCCAGAGGUGGGAGAUGAACAAUUCAGAGGCAGAGUUGAGUUCUUCACUGCUGAAAUCCCCAAAGGAAACUUCUCUCUCAGACUGAAGAGUGUCAGAACUGAGGAUAAAGGAGUUUACAUGUGUCAAGUGUUUGCUGGAGAUUUAUCAGCCAAUGCUACUGUAGUGCUGGGAAGACUGAGUUUCUCUGCUUUGCAUACAAUGGUGUUGAUACUCUGUAUUUCUGCAUGUGGAUCUGCGCUUCUGCCCUGUGUCUGGAUCUACAGCAGAUCACCUGAUAAAGGUUUCCUUGUGUGGUAUACUUGUAAACAUUAUGAUCCUCUGAAAGAUUCAAUAGUUUUGCCAUGUCAUGCUGACAAAGACUUAUCAAAGGGAAGUCUGAAGGUGGAAUGGAGAAGAGCAGACUCAGGGACUCUGGUUCAUCUCUAUCAAGGCGGUAAGAGUCAACCAGAAGCCCAGCAGCAGGAUUAUCAUGGUAGAGCUCAUUUCUUUACUGAGGAGAUUCAAGAUGGAAAUUUCUCCCUCUGUCUGGGCAAACUCAGAGAUGAAGAUAAAGGAGAAUACAGAUGUAGAGUUUACAGUGCUCAGAACUGUGUAUUUUCAGCCAGUAUACAGGUAGUAGAGGGCUUCGACAUUCAAUGUACUCGUCAAACGCUUGCUUCUCUGGGAUCUUCAGUGGUUUUACCCUGUUAUAUUAGGAAUCCUUCGGCAGUGAAGGGUCUUAAGGUGGAAUGGAGAAGAGCAGACGAUACUGUGGUUCAUCUGUAUCAAGAUCACAAGAGUCAACCAGAGGCCCAGCAGCAGGAAAAUCAUGAUGAGGAGAUUCAACAUGGAAACUACUUCCUUCAACUGGACAAACUGAGAGAGGAAGAUGAGGCACGAUACACAUGUACAGUUUACAGUGACCAGAAGCGUGUUUUUACAGUCCAGACAAGAUUGAUGCUAAGACUACUCGACUCAAUCUUUCGUGUUCAAAUGUUUCUUGUCUUCUGUCCAAAUAUUCUGAUGUUUCUUGCUUUUGUCUGCUGGGGUUUUUCCGAGGGCUCUCUGUUUGAGUCAGUCUCUUGUUGCGCUCUUUAUUUCCUGAGGCCUCUCAUGUUACUCUGGGCAGCUCCAUAUGCUAAUAGCUUUACUGGAAACACUAAAUCAUUUAUUCAAAGUUACAGUUUCAGAGCAGAAUAUGUCGCUUUCUCAGCUGUUUUUUAUUCAGUUCUGUUUAAAACCGCCUGGGACAAAAGUCUGAAUUACGCCGGAUAUGAACGUGUGGUGAUAAUAAUCCUGUUUGUGAUGGUGCUUUUGCUAGACCUCAUCUAUAUUAUUUUCUUCAUUGAGAAAUUAAGCCAGAGGAUCAAGACAAUAUUCAGUGUUCUGGCUCGUAUCAGCUUUGAUGUUCUGCCUUCACUACAGUUCAUCCUCCUGUUCUUCGCCUUUGGAUCUGCAAGAGCAGCCUUCGUUGUUGUAGUUUUACCAGUUUUCCUCACAGUGCAAAAAUACAACUGGGAUUUCACAUGCGGAGAACAGAUGGGCUGUUUGCCCUUGGUCAGGAGAUCAGUGUGGUUUAUUCUCACAUUAUUUAUUAAUGCCAUUAUGGUCCACUUCUACAUAAUAGCACUGGAAAAUGAAAAAGAUUGUGUUGGAUGGGCCUGCAUGAUUAUGUAUUUUCAGUUAAUCUGGGCCACAAGGGACUUCACAAUCUCAUUUGAAUGUGAUCUUCAUCCUGCUGCUCCUGUGUAUGUGUUUGGAUCAGUUGUUGUUGUUUUGCUGAACUCUGUUACUCUGAUGACUGAACUCGUACUGAAAACAGUUAAUGGUGAAGGUGCAGUUGGAGAUCUGAGAGUCGUCGUCUUUUCCUCUGAAUUCAUCUUCACUUUUUUGCUGAUGAUUUUUCUGGUAUUUAAACCCUGGAUCCAACCCUGUUGAAGUGCUUCCAACUGAAACUGAAUAUUGAGUAGGGGGCGGGGCUUCCUUUUUGCUCAUCAUUCCCUCAUAGCAAGCUAAUGGUAAGAGGGGUGAGGUUAAGAACACUGUGGCUGAAGACUGAUGAAACUGACAUCAUCAGAGAAGGACCGCCCACUCCAAACUCAGAAGCAAGUCAGAAGAAGAAGAAGUCUGUAAAGUGCCUUGAGAUGCUACUUUAAAGGCACUAUAGAAAUAUAACGUAUUAUUAUUGUUAUUAUAAUAAGAAGCAAAUGCUCAGUCUUUGACUGAAGAUUAACAAAACAAACAAAAAAAUCCAGUGCGUUAACUUGCAUGGAUUAAUUGUUCAUCUAAACAAUGGCAAUGUGC